CACGCGUCUUUAAAACCGCGUUAAAACGUCACUUCACCAUCAACCCUAUUUAUAUCCAACCAACACAUUCACUUCUCACAAUUUCUUAAAUCUUUUUUUUUCUCUCUAAACAACAAUGUCAAAGAACGUUUCAAGAAACUGCUUAGGUUCAAUGGAAGACAUCAAGAAAGUUUUCCAACGAUUUGACAAAAACAACGAUGGAAAAAUCUCUAUUGAUGAGCUUAAAGACGUGAUAGGAGCUCUCUCUCCAAACGCUUCACAAGAAGAAACCAAGUCUAUGAUGAAAGAGUUUGAUCUUGAUGGUAAUGGUUUCAUUGAUUUGGAUGAGUUUGUUGCUUUGUUUCAAAUCAAUGAUCAUAGUACGGAUAGUAAUGAGAUUAGAGAUUUGAAAGAAGCUUUUGAUUUGUAUGAUUUGGAUCGUAAUGGAAGAAUCUCGGCUAAUGAGUUACACUCGGUUAUGAAGAAUCUUGGUGAGAAGUGUUCGGUUCAAGAUUGUCAAAGGAUGAUUAGUAAAGUUGAUUCUGAUGGUGAUGGUUGUGUUGAUUUUGAAGAGUUUAAGAAGAUGAUGAUUAAUGGUAAUGCUUGAAGAAAUCGAUUUAGAAUUUGGGAAGAUUUAAUCCUUUUU